AUGUCUAACUCAUUUUUCAGUUCAAGCACAAGUGAGCAAAGAUGGGUGGAUCAGUUCAACAAACAUUUCAUCAUAUAUAUUGGCAACAGACCUUCCAUCUUUAGAGUCCCCAGCAAAGUAUUGGAGACAAAGCCAGAAGCCUAUGUCCCUCGGCAACUAGGCUUAGGAGCAUAUCAUCAUUUUCGACCCGAUCUCGAUGACGACAUGGAGAGCAAAAAGCUUGAGCAGAUCAAGAAAUUCUUGAAGCCUGAGCAGUACAACAAUUUCAAGAACUUAAUUGUUGAUAAGGUGAAAGAACUCGAGCAGCCUAUACGCGCAUGCUACAACAAUUACGUGGAUCUUGAUCGCGAUACUUUGGCUUGGAUCAUGGCUAUUGAUGGUACAUACUUACUUUACCUGUUAAGCACUUCUAAAUCUAUUAACAGGCGUUUAUCUGAUGAUGUACUGAAGCUUGAGAAUCAAAUCCCGGCAAUUGUGUUGAAGAAAAUCAACAAUGUUUUACGUGUAACUAAAGGCGAUGAGAUCAACUCGAGUAAACCAUUGUUUUCAGAGUUUCACAACUUCUACAAUACACAAUCUCCCCUUGAAUUGUGCAGUGAAAGUCAGAUUGACCACUAG